AUGACCAACAUAAGCAUGUCACCAUUCACGAAUGAGAUCAAGCGGACAUAUCCACCUCGCGAGUUCACUAUGCCUCACUUCAUUCUGUACAAGGGAGAUGAAGAUCCAGAUCGACAUCUCAAGCACUACCGCAGUACCAUGAUCCUCUAUAGGAACAACGAUGCGCUUAUGUGCAAAAUUUUUGCCGCAACUCUACAAGGCGAGGCACAAGACUGGUUUCACACUGUGCCGCCGCAGUUGAUCCAGAGUUUCAACGAACUUUCCUUUGUUUUCACUAAGGAUUAUUCGUCUAACCGCUCAAUCAAAAGGACAUCCGACCAUCUCUUCAGCAUCGUAAAAGACCCUUGGGAGACAAUUCGCGACUAUGUCAAAAGAUUCAAAGCGGAGAAGGCUAAGAUUGUUGGUUGUAACGAAGACAAAGCAACGACAGCAUUCAGAAAUGGACUUCCCGCCGAACAUCCUUUAUUCGGAAAACUGAUCAUAGGAGAAGAACUGACCCUAGCAGCUUUGUAUGCUUUGGCAGAAAAACAUGCAUUAUGGGACAAGGCCAAGCAGUCUAACAAGAACGAGUCGGAAAAGAAACACAUGGAAUUCCCCAACUAG